UCAGCCUGGUAACUUAUCAAACCAUUUAAUAAAUUCUCAGUUUGUGAUUUUGGUAAUUAACGUAAAUACUUGCAGUGGUGAUCUACAUUUUAUUGUGACAUAAAUGAAUUCAAAGAUAAUUUUAUGUCCAUAUAAAUAUGGGGAAGCAUGAGGAUUGUAAGUAUAUGGAAAGACUUAAAGAAGAUUUGAAUGAAACCUGCGACAAUACUGCUAACGUGGAUUUUACAGAUGGCGGGAAAUGUCUGUUUGACUAUACUAACAGAAGAAAGAUCAAAAUGUCAGCUGAGAGCCACAAAAAUAGUGAGGAGCAGAAAAAAGAAAAUGAAAAAGAAUUUGAGUACAUUCGCCUGCAACUCGAAGAGUUUUCUGUUUCUGAUAGUUCUUCAGCCAAGUCUACUGUGAAAACCAAUUCCGGGUUGACAUCAACUAGCAGCACUACUGUACGUCCAGAAGUUGAAGCAUUCCAGAGGUUUUUACACAUCGAAGGAGGACACUACGGUGGCUGGAAAGAAAAAGAUCACUUGUUCUUCCUCAAUACCAGGAAAAAAUACCCGUUAAAAAAAACAGCAGAAAUAGUCCAUGAGAAUCUUCCAGACAUUAGUUUGGAGAAAGUGAUAGCACAUGAGACCUGGUAUAACGAGUAUCUAAAAUUGAAAGCUGCAAAAAAGACCGCAAUCGAAGAGUGGAAGAAGACUCAAAAGGCAGUAAAAGUUGUAGAGAAAGAAAACUCACAGCCUUGCCCUCAAACUGAACCAAAGCAUCAACCAAAACGGGACCCCAACUUGAAAGAGAAGAUUGAAAUUUGGAAAGCCCAUUGUGUUGCUGCCAAGCUGGAAAGAAUGGAACAACAAAGAAAAGAAGAGAUGAAGAAAAAGAGAGAGGAUGAAGAAAGAAAAAGGCAUCAGGAAGAAAAAAGAGCUUUGGUAAACCGUUACCGAGAAGACAAACUUAGCUUUGAGUUGGCCUUGAAGACGGCAAAAGAAACUGAGGAAUUGGAAGCUAAAAGAGAAGCAGCGGUGAAAUCUGCCACUCUUCUAAAAUAUUUCAGGUAUGAAGACAGAAGAUUUACAGAACGCCAGAUAGCCAAGAAGCAGCCUCAGGUCAAGCCUGAACCAAGAGUGAAGAGCGCAGUGGAAGUCAAACGAGAUCCAAACCGUCUCCUGCAGCCGACCCUCGGGUGGAUCUAUCACACUCGACGGCGCAGUGAGACAGACACGGAUACCAACCUGACCACACCGAUGGACCUGAAGCACAUGCCUAGACUGAAGAAGCCAGCCUGGAGAAGAGGCCUCACUUCCCCAUGACAGCAUUGUGAUCGUCAAAACCCCAUAAUGUUCCUUCACACACAGUCAGAAAUUGGAUCUCAUCACUUCAGUAUGGUGAAGUUGUAGAAUUUGUUUACAAUUUUCUAUUCGUAAGGAUUUAUAUUUUAAAGACAGAUUCUCUAUAAAUCAUUAUUUUAUAUUAAUAUUUACAAUGGAGUAAAAUAUAUGUCAGUUGAUCAGCCUUUGAAGUAGAAUAGGAGACCUAAUGAGUUGAGAAAAUGUUUACUUACUUUAAUUGAAAACCAAAUUGGUUUUUAGCCGCACCAAGACACAUCACAUACCACAUAUACCAACAUUCCUUCUACCCUCUUUGGUACUUCUACAAUUAAUUUAUAUGAGGUAUUUUCUAUUUUUUGCAUUUUGUUCUUUUUAUAGAGGUCAAAUUCCUUCCUGUUAACCUUUCCAAACCUUGUUGAUGAUUGUGUUUUUUAUCUCUUCGUCCUACUUGGCCCAAACAUCUUGUUUUUUUUUUUUUUACUUUAAAUUAUCUCUUUAACAUCAAGUUCUUUGAAUAACUCACAAUUAAUUAUCUUUUCUUUCUCAUUCCCAAAACACUAUUUCCUGAAAUAGCCAAGUACUUUUUUAAACUGUUCUGAUUUUUCUCAAGGAUUUUUUUUUCUGAGGGCAUCAACAUGACGUAACUUUUAUUGGUGUUAAUCUGUAAACACACUAUUUUGUAUUUAAUGUGCCUUCAGUCACAUUUUUAUUUAGUAUUAGCUUUGACUAUUUAGGCUAUAAGAAGUAUUAUUUGUUGGUGUUAAAUUGUACUCGGCCCAUUAACGAUUUUAAAGAAAAGGGUUUUACAAAAGCCGUUAAAUUUACAUAAUAUUUUUUGCAUUGAGUGAACUUUAACUUUAUUAAAAAUGCACAUUAAUCUUUCUUUUUUCUGAUUUUUUUAGGAGUGUAAGAUUCAAAAUUGUAAUGUUUGAAAGACUUCAGAUUUGACUGCUGAAGUUUUUAAAUGCUAAGAUAAAUUCUAACGAGUGUAUGUUCUAGAAAUACAAACAUUUUUAGUGAGCUUGUAGAUCUAAUGAAGUAACAAUUAAUAAAUGUGCUUUUAAGAUAUUUUGAUAUUUUAUAUAC